AAGUCUCUCCUGAAAGGGGCAAAAUCUAGGGUUCUAUCAAUUUCACAGAAAAAAAGGGGGGGUUUUCUCUGGCCAGAAGCAGAAGCAGAAGCAGAAUCAAAAUCUGAAAAUGGAGGGCGCAGGAGAAGAAGGAAUUGAUAGGAUCGAGGACUCGAAGGACUUGCAGCAACAGAGCAAAGCCUUCGAUAAGCUCACUGACCGCGUCGAAGAUCGCCAGCUCGACUCCACCCGAGUCCAGGAGGCCAUGGCUUCCAUCGCUGCCACCUCAGAAGCCGAUUUGGAAGCUAUGAGAAAGAGGGAGAAAGAAUUGGCUACUGUGAAGAUCAAUCCACGCGACGUUGAGAUAAUUGCAAAUGAACUAGAGCUGGACAAGUUGGUUGCUGAGAGGACCUUGAGGGAGCACAAAGGUGAUGCUGUUGCUGCCAUUAGGCACUUGCUUCACUAGAAAUACUGCCUAUUGGCGGCUUUAGGGAAAAUAUGAAUGUGUUGCAAGGAUAUUUGAGUUUUUUCAAGUUUUGAUUGCGAAUGUCAUCGGAUAUUCAGAGGUCGGUCGCAAAAUAUGUUGUUGUUGUACUGAUGAUGAUAUAUGCAAUUCUUGGUUGUUUGGCUUCAA